AUGGGCGUCCUAGACUUCUUCAAGAGCGCCUCCAAAUCUCAAAAAGAUGAUGCACAAACCACCGCCAAAAUAAAAGAGAUCAUCGACAUCUGUGAUCCAGAGCAGUGCUCUGGAGGCUGCACAGACAGCAACACCCUGGAUAAAGACGAACACGUGUUUGCCAAUCUCAAGAUAGAACACGAAACUCCUCUCUUUGGAUCCUCUCGCUCUUCCAAGAUCCAUUUUGUCGUCCCAACAUCACAGUCCGAUUGGGCUCACGAUGCUUGCAUGGAGAAGAAAAACUCCGUCCAAUACAACAUCCAAUCGUGGAUUUCGAAAAACGCCGAUCAAUUCACCAACAUUGAUUCGCCAGGCGAAUCCCUUCUCUGCUCUGUGUCGUCCCUGCCUAUCGACCUUUUGGACAUUCAAGUCAUGAAGGGCACCAAGAACGAUGUCCUCAUCUUCCCCCACUUCUUGAGGCUCAAGGCGGUACGCUCGGAAACAGUUAAUGAUGUCUUGCAAGAGAUCGUCCCCUUGCUCCUACACAACAACAGAGAGGCUCUGUUGGCAAAAGACUAUAUACAGGAAAUCACAGACGACUCCUUUGUGUUCUUGUGCUCACACAGAACAAGAGACAAAAGGUGCGGCGUCACUGCGCCAAUAUUGGAAAAACACUUCAACAAGAACUUCCAACGCCAUGGUAUCUACAGAGAUAACUCGGAUUUCAGACCCCAUGGCGCACGCGUAGCUUUCGUGAACCAUGUCGGUGGGCAUAAGUUCGCCGCAAACGUCAUCAUAUACUUGAAAAAGUCGGCCAAAUUGGUCUGGCUUGGUAGAGUCACCCCAGUCCACGUCGAAGCCAUCGUGGAUUGUCUUGUAGUACCGGAUGAGCCCAAACUCCCCUUCCCAGAGAUGGUCCGUUGCGUACAGCAGUACCAAUUUUAA